AUGUCUGGAACAACUCCCUUCUCCAAUGCAGGCAUCGAGAUACAAUAUCUCAACAAAUCAGCUAUCCCACGCUCGCCUUACACGCAAAAGAUGAAUCCCAUCUUUGCCGGUCUUAUUACACCCCCUGAAUCUCCAGUUCGAUAUGUGCAGCGGGAGUCUCUUGAGCCGAAUGCACCCCAGUCACCAGCUCUCUCAACUUCGGAGUCGACUCCAAGAUUUAGCUCUACAAAUGAAGUCCAAAAAGCCAUGGAGGCUUUGUCUGCUGCUAUCAGAAUCGCAAAUGAGGAGAAAGUUGAUCAACAUGCCAACUUGUCCGAAGCAGUGUCGACCCCUGUAACUCCUAUCGACUUCAAUCAUGCCAGCGAGAUUAUUCAUUCCAUCAUCGAACAGGCAGUAGAGGAGAAGAUGGCCAAUGCAAUGGGUCCUCUACGACUGAAUAUCAACAAGUUGGACGACUCUGUCGAAUCUCUUCGUCGCGAGCACACUGACAUACACGAUCAAAACGACACAAUGAGCCGUCAGCUUGACCUUCACUAUCGCACUGUUGAACAACACGUCGAGGAAUUCAGAUCUCAAUCCAAGACUAUGAACACCAUGAUCGGAGCUCAAGCCGAUAACUUUGCCGCUACCAUUAAUAUGGUCAACCACCUCUCCCAAGUUGUCACCAAUCUACCUCUCGCUAUCAACCAAGUUGUCCACAAUGCAGUCCAACAACAGACUCAAUUGGCUAUUCGAGACAUCAUGUUUGCUCAGCAACAAGCUAUGUUUUCUGUUUCUGAUGUCUCUGGAACUCGACAGUCUAUGUCCAGCGAUGGCAACUCCAGUCAAUGCACUUGCAACCACCAUUGCUUGGAGAUUGAGUCUAUGGUAUCAUCGCAGCAUGGCAGUGGCUCUCUCAAGCAGAUUUCUCCCAAUGCUUCAUCCAACUCAAGCCGCGGCUUCAGAUAUGCAUUGAGGAAGCUGUUCAAGUCUAACAGGUGCUUCCAACUUCAAUUCAUUGCUGCUUUCACUCUUCUUCCUGCCAAGAUGGGAACUCCUCAAGGAAAGAAGACUACCCCCAAGAAGGGACAGACUGCAGCUCACAACCGCCGCUCUCCUUCCAAGGCCUUGAAAGCUGAACAGACUCCCAAUCUCGACAAGCUCAAGACACCUUCUUCCACUCCUAGAGAGACUGCUUAUACGCACAAUCUUCCCACCGAUGAGCAGAAGAAGGGUAAUGGCCGAGUCACGGGACGCAGCCUCAUCAUGUGGAACCGUCCUCGCAUGGCAGAGAAGCUCCUUCUCCACAUUCACUAUGAAUGCGCUCGCCACAAGGUCAAUGUUCCUUGGGAUGCCAUUGCUCAUCGUCUCCACCCCGGCUCGUCUGGCCAGGCAGUCCUUCAGCAUGUCAAUCGCCUUCGCAAGGAACUCCUCUCUGAAGGCCACAUGGUUCCCCCUCUUGCCCACAAAACAUCUCCUUCUGCCCCGUAUGAUCCCACCAUCCGAGGUUACGUCCGUGACCUUACUAGCGAUGACAAGCUUGCUACUCGCUCAGUGGGUUUUGACGAGAAACUGGAUGAUGCCAAGAUCAACCUCCCUGAUGCCCUUGACGCAUUGGAGGAAGACGACGGCGACUUCUUCACUGAAGCAAUUGGUGAGGUCUCUGCUGAGGCCAAUGCCGAUUUCACUGUCCUUGAAGACGACAUCCAGUUUCCAGUCACGCCGACUCCUGUCCGUCAUGCAGCUCCACGACGCCCCGUGUCUACUCCACACUACAGCAUGAAGCCACAGAGCCUCCAACAAGUCAACACAGAAGCUACUCAACAGCUCUUUGACCCUAACCUGUUCGCUAAUAUUUCCCCUCCCAACUUUUUGCUUGACAGCAUCGAGGGAUUCCAGCCUAUGGGCAUUCAGACCCCUGCUACUUUUGCAAAUGAAUCUCAGCUUCUGAUGGGCGGAGACAACUUGUUUGAUCCUUUUAUCACCCAGCCUCUCAUCAAGCCCAGCCAUGGACAAAUCAGCCCUAGUGGCCAGAUGUCUCUUGCACAGAUGCCUCUUGCACAGAUGCCCCUUGGUCAGAUGCCCCUUGAUCAAGUCCAGCAACCUUUCUUCAUGGGAAACCCUUUUAGUGCUCAAUUAGCUGGCUAUUCCAAUCUCGUCCAGUCUAGCUUCAUGCCUCAUCCCCCUUACGGCUUUACCAUGCCGCCAACUACUCCCACUCUCUUCAAGACUGAGCAGAAGGAAGAACCACUCAGUGCCCCAGUUGCCAACAAUGACAGAGGCAUCUCUGUCUCGCCUGUCUCGUCGCCAAUUGCGGCGCAGCUCCCACCUUUCCAGCCAGAGACGCUCCAACCAGUGAUUGAGAGCCCAGAGCAGAACGAGGUCACCGCCGAGAACCCAUACGCCGACGACUUCGCCGGCCACGAGCUGCUGCUCGAAUUCCUGGCCUCGGAGUAA